CGCAUAUAAGGGAAACUUCAAAUCUGGGUUUCCUUGAUUUUGAAUUGCCUCGUCUUUUCCGAUUCUCCUUCCCACCAUAUUUUUUUCUUAUUAUUGGAUAAACCGCUGACCCAACAUCAUCAGACUCUUCUUCCUUCCCCUUUUCACUUUUCCUUAAUAAGAGAAGGGUAAAAUUCAACAUGUUCUACAGACGGAGUAAAUAUACCGAUGGAGCUGAUGGGCGUGAAAUGGGUGCAAAACGUCAGCGGAUCAUUGAUCAAGGCCCUUCAUUUUAUGGUAAUUCACCAGGUUCAAGCUUUAUGUACACUGCCCCUCCUCCUUACUCAUAUGUUAGCCAACCUCCAUGUUUCCCUGUUGUUCGACUUCGUGGUCUUCCCUUCGAUUGCACAGAGGUUGAUGUGGCUGAGUUCUUCCAUGGUCUGGACAUAGUUGAUGUCCUUUUUGUCCAUAAAAAUGGCAAGUUCAGUGGUGAAGCUUUUUGUGUAUUGGGUUAUCCUCUUCAGGUUGAUUUUGCCCUUCAAAAGAACAGGCAAAACAUGGGGAGGAGAUAUGUAGAGGUUUUCAGAAGCAAGAGACAGGAAUAUUAUAAGGCAAUAGCUAAUGAAGUGGCUGAUGCACGUGGUGGUUCACCUCGCAGAAAUGCCUCAAGGGCCAAAUCUAGCGAUGAAGCAAAGGAAACUGCUGAACAUACGGGGAUAUUGAGAUUGAGGGGACUGCCAUUUUCUGCUGGAAAAGAUGAUAUAAUAGACUUCUUUAAAGAUUUUGUGUUAUCUGAAGAUGCAAUUCAUAUAGUGUUGAAUUCCGAGGGGAGGCCAAAUGGAGAGGCAUUUGUGGAGUUUGCAAAUGCAGAAGAUUCGAAAGCCGCAAUGGCCAAGGAUAGGAUGACACUGGGGAGCCGUUAUAUCGAGUUGUUCCCUUCGUUUCCUGAGGAGAUGGUUGAUGCAAUUUCCAGCGGACGGCCCAACAGUAAUGACCCAAGUGACCCACUGGAGUUAGGGUUCCCAGAACCCUAGCAGUUUCCCCAUCCAGCGCCGCAUCACCAAGAUUCCAGGGCUAUCACGUCGCUCCAAGACCCCCAUCACCGCACGUCUCGCCUCCAAACGACCGGAACUCUCGGCCACGCAAAGAAACAAGCAACAACAACCAACAUCAGUGUUUU